AUGGCAGCCAACGAAAGUAACCAAAGCUUCAAGCUUGAAAACCUGUUCAAUGUGAAGGACAAAGUGGCUCUCAUCACAGGCGGCGGCUCAGGAAUAGGCCUAAUGGCCGCACAAGCCCUAGCCGUGAACGGCGCCAAAGUCUACAUAACCGGCCGGACCGCAGAGAAGCUCGACCGAGUCGCCUCACUCUACGGCAAAAACAUAAGCGGACAAAUCAUCCCCCUCCCAGCAGAUGUAACCAACAAAGACUCAAUCCGCAAACUAGUCUCGGAGAUCUCCACCCGCGAAGGCCACCUCUCAAUCCUAAUGAACAAUGCGGGAAUAUCAAGCCACAAAGAAGAAACCACACCCGAAGAUGCCUCCAAACUCCAAGAAACCCUCUUCGACGACUCAUCCGCCACAUUCGACGAAUGGGACACUGUAUUCCGCACGAACGUCUCCCAGAUCUUCUUCAUGACAACAGCAUUCCUGCCACUUCUCCAGCGCGGCUCGGAAAUCGAACAUGGUUGGUCGAGUACUGUUCUCAACACGACAUCCAUUUCGGGGAUUGUGAAGGUCUCGCAGCAGCAUUUUGCGUAUAAUGCCUCCAAGGCGGCGGCGAUUCAUUUGACCAAGAUGCUGGCGCAUGAGGUUACUUCGUCGAAACUGAGGGUUAGGGUUAAUAAUAUUGCGCCGGGCGUUUUCCCUAGUGAGAUGACUGCUGGGGAGAGUGAUGAGGGGCAGAAGAGUUUCAUUCCGGCUGAGAGGUAUCGUGAGAAGGUUCCUGCUGCUAGACCCGGGAGGGAUGAGGAUAUGGGUGGUGCGGUGCUUUUUGCGGUUUGUAAUCAGUACUUGAAUGGGCAAAGUGUUGUUGUUGAUGGGGGGUAUGUUCUUGCUGCUGGGUCUGUUUGA